AUGAGCGUCCGCACCCGCCGAAACAAAUCGCCCAAAGACAAAAGGCCACCCGAGCUCUCCGUCUCGACGACGGCCACCUCCAACGGCAAAGGCAACGGUCACGCCGCCGCCGCCUCUACCACCACCAUGAACCAGAACAAUGUUGAAUUCCGCCGCAAAGCCACGACGCCCGGCUCCGACUCGGUCACGGCAAACCUCAUGUCGCGCGACACCUUCACCCUCGACGAGCCCGUCCCCAAGACGCCCACGGCGAACAACCACGGCUUCUUCGAGCUCCCCAUCCAGGACCAGAAGAACUUCCUGCUCCUGGUCCUCCUGUAUUUCCUGCAGGGCAUCCCCAUGGGUCUUGCCGGCGGUUCUGUCCCCUUCCUUAUGAAGGACCACAUGUCCUACAGCGAAAUCGGCAUCUUCAGUCUCGCCUCGUACCCGUACUCCCUCAAGCUCUUCUGGAGCCCCAUCGUCGACGCUGUGUGGAGCCCAAGCUUCGGCAGGAGGAAGAGCUGGAUCCUGCCCAUCCAGAUGCUGUCGGGCAUUGGCAUGCUCUGGCUCGGAUCGACCGUCGAGAACAUGAUGGCCACGACGGGCAAGCCCGGCGGUCCCACCGUCUGGACCUUCACCGGCUGGUGGUUCUUUCUCGUUCUCAUGUGCGCCACCCAGGACAUCGCCGUCGACGGCUGGGCCCUGACCCUGCUCACGCCCGGCAACGUCUCCUACGCCUCGACCGCCCAGACGGUCGGCCUCACGGCCGGCCACUUCAUGUCCUACACCGUCUUCCUCGCCUUCAACUCCAAGGACUUCGCCAACCGCUACUUCCGCAGCACCCCCCUCGACACCGGUCUCAUGUCUCUCAGCGGCUACCUCACCUUCUGGGGCUGGGCCUACCUCGCCAUCACCAUCGGUCUCGCUCUCUUCAAGCGCGAGGAGAAGACGCGCAACGAGGACGGCAUCUGGGACGUCUACCAGAUCAUGUGGGGCGUCCUCAAGCUGAAGAAUAUCCAGACCAUCAUCGUCGUCCACCUCAUCGCCAAGAUUGGCUUCCAGGCCAACGACGCCGUCACCAACCUCAAGCUGAUUGACAAGGGCUUCGGGCAGGAGAACAUGGCCCUGACGGUCCUCAUUGACUUCCCCUUUGAGAUUGUCCUCGGCUACUACGCCGGUAACUGGUCUCAGAGAUACACGCCCAUGCGCCUCUGGUGCUGGGCCUUUGUCGGACGUCUCGCUGCCGCGGUGCUAGCCCAGAUCACCGUCGCCAUCUUCCCCGCCGGCGGUGUCACGGGCUGGUACAUGCUCGUGGUCAUUGCCGAGCACAUCUGGUCCACCUUUACCAACACGGUCAUGUUUGUCGCCGUCUCGGCCUUCCACGCACGCGUCUCAGACCCCGCCAUUGGCGGCACCUACAUGACCCUGCUGGCCACGGUGUGCAACCUCGGCGGCACGUUCCCCCGCUUCUUCGUCCUCCGCCUCGUCGACUACUUCACCGUGGCGACCUGCCACCCGGGCAACGCCCCGGACCUCGAUGCGCUCAAGGGCCCCGUCGUCACGAGCCCCUUCUCCUGCUCGCUGCAGGCUGACAAGGAGCGCUGCGUCAAGGGCGGCGGCACCUGCACCAUGGUCCAGGACGGCUACUACAUUGUCAACGUCAUCUGUGUCGCCCUCGGCCUGUUGACCUUCGUCCUGUACAUCCGCCCCCGCGUGCUGCACCUGCAGUCCUUACCCAUGCGGGCCUGGCGGUUAGCGCCCACGAACAUGAAGCCGUAG